UCAGUACACGCGUGGCUUGUCCCGAAGGUCACAUAGACACACAACUGACUUUAACCAUAAACUUGCCACCAGUACGGGCAGCGGAAUUGGGCCAAAUCGUUGUGUGUAGGAUCCGUGCUAAAAUCUAGUCUGGUAUUAUUGUGUUUGACACUAUUGCUUUGUGCACACUCGUCCUGCAUCGCUAGGUGUGAGGAAAGUUGGGUCGGCUGCAGCGAAUUAUUCUAAGCACGCAAAUUCACCAAUUUCUACGGCACCAUCCACAGGGCCAGAGAAAUAUAUACAAGUCAUGAGUUCAUCAAGUAACAUCGAUCAGCAACUCAAGGAACUUGCCGACAAACAUGGGUUUUUGCGGCCAGAUCGAGGAGAUUUAGACAACCCACCGGCCCAAUGGCGUGAGGGCAAGCCUGAUUAUCGCAAAGCCGAUCUGCUAUACUUCAAAGGAAAGACCAUGAACCAUAAGCCAGGUUCUCUUGAACUGAUCGUUGAGAACUUGGUGAAGAAGUGGGAAAUGGAAGGUUCACAUCUUCCUGACUACAUGACCUGGACCACCAUCAACAAGGAGAAAUACAGGGUCCAGGCGAACGGCCAGAAGGUCUUCAGUGGUAAAGAGUCAUCAACCAUAGGUAACUACAACUGGUUGCUUUCCACUGCUUCUAAGGAGCUAUACGACAGCGAGCAGCACACAUUUGAGAGUUCCCACAGCGUCUUCCGAGGGGCGUUUCCUGAUGGCUUUGCAUGGGAGGUGUUGCAAGUUUUCUCAGGGCCGCCUAAGGUGGCUUUCUCCUGGCGUCACUGGUCCAAUUUCAGCGGAGAGUACAAGGGCAGAGUGGGUGAGGGGCAAGUGGUUGAAAUGCACGGCUUCGCUAUAGCUACAGUUGAUGAGCAACUUCUCAUCGGUCAGUUAGAGGUGUAUUACAAACCAGAUGAGUUCCUGAAGGCCAUGGAAGGUAAAAUACCGAUAUCUGAUGUGUCAAGUGGGAAGGAGAUAUUGGGUACCGGAUGCCCGAUUCAUCGUGAGAAGUAGAUGGAUGAUGUUUAGGGGUGGACGGACCGAGUUUUACUCUAAACUGUAUGCUAGAUCCGUCGUAGUGGUUGUAGCCAUGAUAUAUCAUGUUUUAUGUGGUGGUUUUUUUCCGUGUACUAUUUCAACGAACUUCAUUGUACAUGUAUAAUAUCUUAACAAUAAUAUAGGCCUUCUACACUCAACUUACAUAUAAUUAUAAGAAACCAUUGGUCAUAACAAAACGCAUAAAAUAUUGCUCCAAACACGAAUCUAGAAAUACAGGGCGAGUAAAAAAAACCCGAAACCCAAAUGUUGGGACCAUUGUUUUAGUGAAGUUCUGCAUG